ACUGACAGUGUUAAACAUGGUGGACAAAAGGUAGCUCUAAAUUUUAACCCCUCGUUCUGGGCUCCUAAACCUUUCUAGAUUUUAAAGUCACACAUCAAAUUUUAAGACAAAAUUAAUAGUUAAACAGCUAGUCGGAAUGCCAGUACUGGAACUGUUUAUUGUUAUGGACAACGUCUUUCAUGGAUUGCAACGCUGCUUUGGACCCAAAAAUUAUAGUCAGAAAAGAGCCCACAAGUUACCAACUAGCAAAACACUGAAAAAAUUGGAAAAACGCUGUCGCAGGAUUUUGAAGGGCAAACGCAUUCCGCGACAUUUGCGAAAGAAAUAUCUUUCCAUCAGUGAGGAAAGCAAGGAAAAUAUGUGUGGCCUUAGAGUAAAGGAAUAUUUGGUGGGAAGAAAACUUUCUGCGCCGCUUAUCUUGAACCAUGAACUGUCUAUAACCCCACCAAUAAACCUUGAAAAUCGAAGACGUCUUCAAAACCGCCCACUAACGACGAAUGCCUGUGAGGUUUUAAAAAUCCAAUGGGGCCGUUGGUGGCAAAACUGCUGGCCCACUCUAAUGGCCGCCACUAUGCAGAUAACAUACGGAUCUUCAUGUGCUUGCCACACGCUAGUAGGGAUGUACGAUGAUGAGGAAUCGGAUCCACCAAUCGUGUUGCUCAUGUGUUACUUGGGACAGGAGUUUAAAAAAGUUUGCAAACACGCCGACAUGGCCCUUUGUAGUAAUGGAAAUGGCCCCAAAUAUAUCACCACUUCGGCCGCCAUGGAAUUAAUCGACAUCCACGACUUAUUUCAGCAAAUCAACAAUGCCCUCGUAGAAUUUCUCCUCAGGGCAGAUGAAACCAAUAUAAACAUUAGUGAAGAAGCGGAAUAGAAUUACUUGGAGGUUCCACAAAGAAGUUAUGAAUAAAUAACCAUCGUUAACUAUAAGCCGGCUAACCAACAGCCAAGCUUUGCCUUUAUACACUUAACAAAAAAGUUAGAGGCAAAUAAAGAUACUUUCUGGAACCCCUUUCUUGAAA